AUGUCCAGUAAAUUGGCUUUUUUGUCCUUACUUUUGCUUUUACUGUUUCCAUACAUUACUUCUACGCUGUCAAAGUCCAAUCCUAAAGGCACUCACAACAGCGAAGAUUACGACGAUGAAGAAGGUGAAGAACGGCAAGAACGGAAGCAGAAAAAGUCCAAGCUGAUGGAAUAUUCCCAUCAUGUUCAGGUGGGUCCAAUAAUACACCCUUUUUUUCUUUAUUGUUUAGGAGAUCUGUAGAAAAUCCAAUAGUUUUCCAAAAACUGUCACAGACGUCAAGAAUAAUAAAUAUUUUUUAAGGAUGAGGAAUCUCUGCAAGAUAUUCUUGGAAAUCACAACCACCUCGACACCGACGACUCUAAAACGUCGUUUAUUAAGCUUGCUUAUGUCACUCCAGUGAGUUAUUUAAUCUUGUUUUAUUCUUGUUUUAGUGGAAUAACCAUGGAUAUGACGUCGCUAAGUGGGCGGCAAAGAAGUUCACGCACAUUGCUCCAGUUUGGUUCCAAUUUACGCCGAAGUUGUUUGGUAAUGAUCUGGCAUGUGAAAUCACUGGUCAACACGACAUUGAUCAAAGUAAAGUUGAUUUUUCUCACUUUGAUUGUGAUUUUAGAUUGGAUUGAUGAUAUACGGUUGAACAACACAGCCAUGAAGAUUGUUCCUCGCUUUUUAUUCGAAGUCAAAGAUUCAAAAUUGGCUCAGAAAUUCUUGAAGGAUCAGAAGGCGCAGAUCAGGUGUGUCGACGCUAUGGAUUCGUUGUUAAAGGUGAGAUUUGGUAAUUUUGGUACUUUACAUAUACCAUGAAGGUUUUUAAAAGCAAUUUGCAGAAAAUGAGGGCUGAUGGAUUAGUUCUGGAGGCGUAUUUGCAAAUUCUUUCUAGUACAAAGUCCCAAGAAGGUAUUCAACUGGGCAUAGACUUUAUUGGGAGAGCUGGAAGGCGUUUUAAGAAGCACAAUAAAAUCAGUAUUGUCCCGUUGACUCCUCCGGUUUCUGAUAAGUAAGUUUUUUGCAAUUGGUGGAGGCGAAUCGCGGUCUACACUUCUACACGCAGAAGUUUCUAAUGCUCGUAAUCUACAGAGUUGAGUAAAAGAAGUUGAUAUGUUGCUUGUUUCAGUGGCCCCAUUUUCAACGCGGAGAUCAUUGCUCCCCUCUGCAAAGACGUCGAUUACAUCAAUUUGAUGACCUAUGAUUAUAUUGGCCAACAAUAUCCUGGCCUGGCUCCAGCUCCGUGGAUCCUCGUCAACCUCGAAUUCUUAAAGGAAAUUGAUGAAAGUUUCUUGGCGAAGACACUACUUGGCGUCAAUUAUUAUGGAGCUUGCAAAGAUGGAGGGAUUCAACAUGUUUUCGGCCAAAGCGCGGUAGAUUUGGUUGAAGAAUCUGAGAUUUUGGCGUGGGAUGAGGAAACGAAACAACAUAUCAUCGAACUGGAAGACAGAGUUUGCUCGAUCCCGACCAAGAGAAAUCUGGAGGCUCGGUUGGAAAUUGUGGAAGAAUAUAAUUUGCCAGGGAUCGCCAUUUGGGAUCUGGGGCAAGGGUUUGAUCAUUUCACGGAGGUACUGUAG